UCCAGAACAAUUCAGGCUUCACUGCGACUCAGACCUUGCUCCAAUCUCUGUUCUGAAGCAAGAUGGCUGAGAUGGACAGAAUGCCUCAUUCUGGAAGGAAACGGUUUUCCAGGUCAAACUAAGUCUGCUAAACACAGACCCUCACCAGGUUCUAGAAGGAAUCUGAACAAGUUUUAUCAUGAGGCUUUUCUACGCGUUGAUUUCAUGUUUCUUCACAGAUGCUUAUGGUACAGAUUGGCUCAUGGCCUUGCAGUCCUCCUCAGGUGGAGUCUCUGGGCUGGCUUGGCACCUCUGGACUCACGGCAUAGCUGACCUGAACCUGCCCCCCCACCUGGAAGCCGAUGCUCCAUUUGGCAUUGUUGGAGGUCACGAAGGGAUGUGCUUUCAUGCCAAAGAUGGAGUGGCCAGUCUGCCCGCCCCUCAGAACCUGUCUGUGCACUCAACCAACAUGAAGCAUUUCUUGACGUGGAGCCCAGUGAUCCUGCCUGGAGAAACAGUACAUUAUUCUGUUGAGUACCAGGGGGAGUACGAGAGCCUGUAUAUGAGCCACGUCUGGAUCCACAGCAGUGGUUGCUUGCUCACUGAAGAACCCAAGUGUGACCUCACUGAUGACAUCACUGCCACAGUCCCUUACCAACUCCGUGUCAGGGCCACGCUGGGCUCCCAGACUUCUGCCUGGAGCACGCUGAAGCGCCCCUUUAAUCGAAAUUCAACCAUCCUCACACCCCCCAGGAUGGAGGUCUCCAAGGAUGGCUUCCACCUGGUUAUUGAGCUGGAAGACCUGGGGCCGCAGUUUGAGUUCCGCGUGGCCUACUGGAGGAGGGAGCCUGGGGCCAAGGAACAGGCCAAAGUGGUGAGGAGUGGGGGCGUUCCUGUGCAUCUGGAAACCAUGGAUCCAGGGGCCACAUACUGUGUGAAGGCCCAGUCCCUGGUGAAGGCCAUCGGGAGGUGCAGUGCCUUUAGCCAGGCAGAGUGUGUGGAGGUUCAAGGAGAGGCUCUCCCGCUGGCGCUGGCCCUCUUUGCCUUUGUUGGCUUCAUGCUGAUCCUUGUGGUUGUGCCGCUCUCCAUCUGGAAGAUGGGCCAGCUGCUCCGGUACUCCUGCUGCCCCGCGGUGGUCCUCCCAGACACCUUGAAAAUAACCAAUUCACCCCAGAAAUUAAUCAGCUGCAGAAGGGAAGAGGUGGAUGUCUGUGCCACAGCCGUGCUGUCCUCUGAGGAACUCUUCAGGGCCUGGAUCUAGUAGGCUUAAGGAAGGGCCCCCAGACUGGUCUGCAGGACUCAGGAGUCGUGAGGGCUGAGGCUGUGUUCCUGUUUUCCUCCAUGGACAAAGGACAAGAGAAGUAUGACGAGCCUGCGGUGUCCAUGUGUGGAAGCAACUGUCUGCAGCUGAGUGGCUGCCAACAGCCCUGGGGAGGGGUCAGGAGAUGUGACUUCCAGACCCAGAGCUGACAUUGGUUAGCUGAGUGACCUUGGGGAAAGUGACUUCAUUCCUCUGGUCCUCAGAUUUCUCAUUUGCAGUGGGAUGAACUGCUCACCUGUCUCCGCUCUCUGUCUCUCUUCCUACGUAUGUAAAUACUUCCAGCACUUGCAGGUCGGGAGACCCGUGGCAUUGUACGCUGUGAUGGGCCAGUGCUGACGGAAAGCAGGACAUAAACGUGUAGUAAGAAUGACCAGAGUCCACACAUGGGUUGGCUUGGGCUUCCCACUUUCCCAGAGGAAAUGGAAGAGGAAAGGAAGGAUGGGAGCAAGUGUUGAUCUUGCUUUAAGUCAAAUGCCCGUGCAGAGAUGGAGAGCUCAGUCAUCCGUGGUGGCUGACCUGGAAGGCUGCAGUCCCCCAACGUGGGAUGCAUACCAGUGCUGUGGAUCCACAGACCGCUGUCAAGUGUGGAUCAUGCGCACGUUCUGAGGAUGGCAGGUAAAACGUGCAUGUGAUGUGAUGAGAGGGCAGGAGGAUGCCCAUGCUAAGUAUCGUCUCUUUUUCCUAUGGAGUUGCCAAAGUGCAGGAGUCAAAUAAAAGGAGUAGUCUUUUUGGUUCCUGAACAAAAUUGGGCUUCAGGGUUUUAGUUACAUCAUCAGCCUUGGGUCCAGAGAAGCAUAAAAUACACAAAGUGCCUCCAGAGCCCAUAGGCACAGGCUGCCUGCUUUGGGGACAACCUCUGCUGCACAAGAGCCCCAACUGAGUCGAGACAACAGGCUCACCUGACCAGGGUGCGCCUGGUUUUUCCUGGAGGCCCCUUUCCCAGGACUUCUGUGGGGACCUUCUUUUCCUUAAGGCAGCCCGCUUGGGGAUCAGAUUCUGCCCCUUCCAUUCUGCCUGUCCUGGGCUCAACUUUGGAAGCCCCUUCCCACUCCUCUAGUCAACCAGGUGAAGAAGAAGAGCCUGAGGCUGGAGAAGGAGUGGAGGGAGGAGGUUUCUUGGGACUGAGGGAUUGAUGAGCAAGACCCACGCCUUUUUAACCCCCACCCACUCCCAGGUUGGGAGUCUCUGAGUUGGUUCCUCUCCACCUUCCUGGCCUUUCCAGCCAGCCCGUGGUGGGGACAGUAACCACUUCAACCAGGUGUUUCUCCUUCACAACAGAGCCCCGCUACCCUCUCUCCACCUAGCGGGGUCUCCAGUAGAUGGGGGAGGGCUGUCCCCCGGGUUGGCACGGCCUAAGAGCUUUGCCUUUAUGUACUUCUUAUUGGUUUGACUCCUUUAUGGAGAGUAUGUGUGAAUUUUAAACUUCACCUGAACUGGAAACACAUGUCCAUUUUAUAAAAAAAUAAAGACCAUACUACUCCAUGAGUGGUCCUUGUUCUUCCCUCUUCCCUGCCUCGUUCGUCUGUGGGCAUUGUUCCUCUGUCACCUGACUAAGCCCAGAACCAAGAAAUGACCCCUGACCUCCCUCUGCUCGAAUCUCUCACAAGAUUCAUCCAUUUUUGCUAUAUAAGUACAUGGAAAUUUCUCUCCAUUCUUCUGUUGUCUCUCCAUGUCUCGAACACCUGUGUUUAUUGAGCCCCAACCAUGCGCCAGACACUGAGACAUGGAGGGGCUGACUCCUCUGUAGUUGAUGCCUCCCUCCCUCCUGGAGUCUCCUCUCCUCCCCUCCAACUGAUUUAUCUCUGUCACUUGGUCCUUUAAGCUGGGACACUCUAAUGAGUGGAUGGCAGUGCACUUUAAUUAUAACAGGACAACAGCUAUCAACUGGGACUGUUCUGGUGGACCAGGAGCGAGGUCACCCUAGUUAUAAGGCACAGCUCUGGCCUCAUUCCUUCUUCCGGAAGCUUCAGUCUUCCAGAUGCUCAGUUACCAGACCCAGAAGCAGGCUUAGCACUAAAGCUGGCUUUCCUCUCACUGUGGUCUUUGGGACCUACAAUCUAGCAAAGAGUUGGAGGGCACUGGGUGUCUGUGAGCAGCCCGGGUGGCUUCUGUGGUUCAGUGGUGUCUCCUGAAGCUCUUGCUGCUGCCUAUGCAGGAACUAUCCCCUAAUGCCCUAGAGUCAGACCUAGCUGUCUUGGUUCUGCCUUCAGGGAACAUCUACCAAUGUCCAAUGAAGAAACCCUUCUCCACGAGGCUUAUGCUUCAAUAGGGUAAGGGGAAAACACCAGCAACGCAAUAAUAAAAAGUAAUAUUCAGUGAAUUAGCUAGUAUAUAGGGAGCUUACGAGUCAUGGAAAAAUGAAAGAUAGAGCAGAAAAUGGGGGCUGGGAGCUGGUUGCAGCCUUCUCAAAAUGAAAGUGAACACAAACAAUGGAAUCUAAACUAUCUGUCGGUAAGUUUUUUCAUAAUCAUUCAGUGUGACAAAUUACCAGUGAUUCUAUAACAAAAGCAAUUCUGCAACAAAUCUUCAGGGAUAUGUAGUUAAAUGCAAAACUGUUAUUCAGUGUUUGUACUGUUAAUAUUAAUAGUGCACUUAGAAAAUGUUAUUUGCCUGAAUUAUCAGAUAGAGCAAGUAAAUUGGGAACCUAGCUUUCAGGAUUAGUGAAAAGGAUGGUCAGUUGUCGACCUCACAGUCUGAAUAAGAACUGUAUGCUGUUAUCACUGAUUCAAACGAGUUAAUAUGAAGUCACGCUUAUAUAAAUCAUGAACUCAAAAGUAUUUUGGCUUUUUAUUCCUCACUGAAACAACCCAGAAAGUCACUACCACAAUGCGCCCUGAUUCCCAGGUUUUGGUUUCCAAUUUUAUUUUUCUACAAGUCUGGGGCUGAAAGGUAUAAGGUAAUUCUAGAACAACUAUACUUUGUUGGGUCAUACAACAAAGCCUUAAAUAAUUGAGUCAUUCAAACUUAUCCACGACCAAUCUACAAAGUGGCUAAAGGUUUAGCAAUGUGAGCAUCAAGAGAGGGUUGGCUGGCAUCAAUUGAUACAUUUGAAGUCAUCAGUCCAUAAUGACAUCUAAUAAGAGAUGACAAAAUGAAUUUUCAAAGAUGAAUGGAAGAGAAUGUAUUUCAAUUGUGUUGGGCUUAUUGAUUCAUUUAUUGUGCCAAUAAAAACUACUAGU